UCCGCUUCAGACAGUGAUACCAGCCUGAAGAACAUCAGCACACCAUAAAUUAUUAAAGAUGCGUUUCUCUAUCAUGAGGUUGACCGUGACUAUCGCCGUUAUCGCAGUAAUACUGAGCGUCAUUGGCUCUACCGAAGCUAACUAUAAAAACGCUCCAAUGAAUGGGAUUAUGUUUGGUAAAAGAGGACCGUCAACAGAGUAUGACCCUCGAACAAAGGCCUACACCAGUUUGUGCGAAAUCGCGACUGAAGCAUGCCAAACUUGGUUUCCUCUGCAAGAAAAUAUUUAGAGAUCUUAAUGUUUAACGCGGGCUAUGCAGCAUUUGUAAUGUUCUUAUUACAUUAU